CAUUCUUAUGAGUAAAUUUUAUCUAAUAACCAUCUUAGCUUCCGCAAAGAGAAUGCUCGGAUGAAACAAAUAAAUAAUUUCUAUUUUCUAAUGGGAGUUAUUAAAUAUAAAUGAGGUCGUUGAAGCUGAAGCCAGCCCUGCCGUAUGGUGUUAAAAUAAAUAAUGGCUGUGCCCUUCCCAUAUAAUAUUUUGUGUAAUAUUUUGAUAUGCAAUAAAUGUCAUAGAUGAUAAACAAAUUACACAGACAUAAUGCGGACAUCAUAAAUAUAAUUUGAUUAACAAUUGGUUCGGACCUUUUGCCAUCAUGAGUGAAACUGGGACCUACUUUUUAACUACAAGGGCCAGAUCAAUUUGUUGAAUAAAAAAUAUGUUAAAAAAUGGCCACUGGCACUUACAGAGUCGAGUGGGUCGAAAUUAUCGAACCCAAAACGAGAGAACAUAUGUAUGCGAAUUUAACAACUGGAGAAUGUGUAUGGGAUCCACCUGAAGGCGUACCAGUGAAGCGUACAAAUUCUAAUCAGUGGUGGGAGCUAUUCGAUUCAAAUACAGCUCGUUUCUAUUAUUACAAUGCGAGUUCACAGUGUACUGUAUGGCAUAAACCGACCAACUGCGAUAUCAUACCUUUGGCUAAACUACAAACUUUAAAACAUAAUACCGAUUGUAAAACUACACCAACAAACCAUCAGGGUACGCAAACUGGUGAAUCUCAUUCACGAGUACAAGCUUUAAGUUUAUCCGCAAGUACCCCCCAGUUGAGGCGGAAGUCUAGUGAUUUAUGUCGUAGCAGCAGUUUCAGUCAGUGCGCCCCCGAAGCACCCUUAUAUUCAAAUUGGCAUGAUUCACAUCUACUUCCCUUAGAACAUUUUUUAUUGACUAAUAAUCGAGAUACAGAUAGCGAACACUCGGAUAGUGGAAGCGAAUCUCUUACUGGACAUGAACCAGACAAUGAAGAUUCAGAUCAAUCUGAGGGCAGUUACUUACCAUAUCGUGUACGACCAGUAGAGUAUUUAAAUUUGCCAGUGGCUAUCCCUGAGCAGCCUCGUCAGCAACCAUGUACUCCAUCAUCAAAACCUUUACCGGAACCACCUCUCCAACCAGAAAGGGAAGGAGACAUGGAGAAAUUUGCCGCGGACAACUUAAACUUGGGCGGUAGAGGCUUAUUUCGACGCAAAGCCAGUGUUAGAGAACUUCUAAGCUGGUCCUCGCGAAGUCUAACACGCCCUUUACUUGCCUCGAGCAAACCUUACGCCAGGCAGGCUUUGGAAAUGUUUCGGCAGGUUCAGAUGUACAUGGGAGAUCGCAAAGCGAGGCCCGGCAUAUCUCUUAACUCCCUUCUGGUUGAAAUUAUCACAGUGUCGUACACACAGUGUGUGCUAAGGGACGAACUAUUUUUGCAACUGUGUCGACAAACUACCGAAAAUCCGAGGCGUGAGUCAUUGUUAAGAGGUUGGGAGUUGCUUACAAUCGCUUUGUCAUUUAUUAAUCCCUCUCCUACGUUUCAACCGGCUCUUCUUGGUUAUUUAAAUCGGCACCGGGAUCCUACAUUCGCACGCUGUUUUCCAGAUGUUGCUCGAUGGCCUAUUCAUGUACAAGUAAGUCAUUACGCAACAGUUGCUUGCCAAAGAUUAGAACGUAUCGGUGUCGGCGGGAAGAGGAUAGCUCGUCGUCCACAACCAGACGAUGUGGAAUCUGCUCGAAUGCAAAUAUUUCAAGCCAGUUUGUUCGGGAACACUCUGCGAGAGGUGAUGCAACUGCAAGCUAGUCGGUGGCCUACACGACGUUUACCGUGGCCCCAGGUGGAGCUUUCGCAACAAGUGUUAAGGUUACACGGUUUGAGUACGGAGGGUAUAUUUCGUGUAUCGGCAGAUGUGGACGAAGUGGCGAGAUUGAAAGCCCAAAUGGACCGAUGGGAGAUCAGUGAACCUAGUGAUGCGCACGUUCCCGCCAAUUUGUUAAAGUUGUGGCUGAGAGAACUUUACGAACCUCUUAUACCCGAUUCUUUGUAUUCAGAAUGUGUAGCGGAACCAAUGACUGGCAGACGCGCUUGUGAUUUAGUGAUGCGGUUACCUACUCUCCAUCGAUUAGUGCUUUGUUACCUUAUCCGCUUUCUUCAAACUUUUAAUAAACCGGAAGUCGUGCAGCAUACUAAGAUGGACGCUUCGAAUCUCGCUAUGGUUUUUGCACCCAACUGUUUAAGAUGUAUGGCAAGCGAUCCUCGUACGAUUUUCGAUAAUGCAAGAAAAGAGAUGACGUUUAUGCGUUGUCUUAUUCAAGAGUUAGAUACUGAAUGUGUUCGUGAUAUAAUGUGAAAUUGUAUAUAUGAUCAUCAAUAAUUAAUUAUGCAUUACAUUUUACAUUUACAAUUCUUAUAUUUUAUAAUAUAUAUCUUGUUAAUUAUGUCUCUUAAUUUUUGCCAUGUUGAAACUGAUCAAUUUAGUUGGAAAAUAGAUGCAGUAAAAAUUUUAUUACUGAAAAUAUUGUUAUUAAACUGUAUGCAUUUUUAUUUAUUUUGCAUAUUUAAGAGUGGGUACUUGAAUUUAAUAAAUUUUAUUAUCUGUCUACUCUCAUGUAUGUAAAGUAAAGCAAAAACAGUUUUUUUUUUAUUUAUAAAUAUUAAAUAGUAGAAUGAAACCUAGUGCUACAGAUGCAUUAUUUAUAAUAAGUUUGCAAAAUCUUAUUACUGUUCCAAAUAUUUCUCAACCAAAAUAUAAACGUACCAGAGCUGUA